CGCACACUAGUCAAAGAUGACUGAUUCUAAGCAAACAGGUAAAAAUGAUCAUCAACUAUUAAUGGAAAUCAUGCAUUCAACUACCAAAACUUCACCUGAAGACUUGCUGAUGAAUUAUAAGGCGAUGCUGUAUCCGAGUGUUAUUUGCAGUGUGGAGAUGUUUCAAGCACUGGAAACUUUUGAGGCCAGAGAAGAUGAUUUAUUGAUUGCAACCUAUCCUAAAAACGGAACAAAUUGGAUGAUCCAGAUACUGCAUGAAAUGGUGUCCAUAGUUCACAAUAGAGAAUCAUUGCUAGAUACUGCAUGGAUUGAAUUUGGAAAUCCAGAAAUGCUUGCGAGAUUUAAAGACCGCCCUUCACCAAGAAUCCUGUCAACACAUUUAAACUUCAAAAAUAUUCCAAAGUCUAUUUUUGAAAAGAAAGUUAAGAUAUUGCUGCUUGUUCGAAACCCAAAAGACACGGCUGUCUCCUAUUAUAAUUUUCAUAAUAAACUGCCUGCUCUUCCAUCCUAUAACUCUUGGGACUCGUUUUUUAAGGAUUUUACAAAUGGAAAAGUGGUUUUUGGGCAGUAUUUUGAUUAUUUGGAAACUUGGGAGAAACACUUCAAUAACAAGACUAUGAUGGCAAUUACAUUUGAAGAAAUGAAAAUGGACUAUCCAACAGCACUGAAAAAAAUAUCUGAAUUCUUUAGACUUUCAUUGACCGAGGAACAAAUUAAUUUGGUAGCAAGCCGUACUUCUUUUAACUCUAUGAAAGUCAAAUCUGAAAAUACUCAUGGAAAGCUAGGUGACUCCUUCUUCAGAAAAGGAGAUAUUGGAGACUGGAAGAAUUAUUUUACUGAAGAUCAGAGCAAAGAGGUGGAUGCAAUGUUUGAUAAAUAUCUUGCAGAUACUAAAUUGGGAAAGAUGAUAAACUAUGACAAGUACUGCAAGUUCUAGAAAUUUCAGAAGAUAGAAGUAGCCCUUAACUAAAGUUGUAUUUGAUCAUUACUCAAUGUGACAAUCAAAGAAAUUUUGUCUUAGCUAUGAUUACCUUGUUUAAUUGUUUUACAAUUUAUAACGGAGCUGAAAUUAAAGAAGCACUCUUUUAGACACCCAUACAUUUUGUACUCUUUCAUUAUGGGCCCAUGGGUCAUGUGAUCUACAGUCUGAUGAUCACCAGCAAAAAGUUUGUUCCCCUGUUUAGACAGGUCAGUCUCUCCUGUGUGGCUUACUUUCUGUGAACUACAAGAUUACAUCAUCAUCUAUAAAAUCCCCCCUGGCAGCUCUCAGGCACCUCCUCUCCUCACCUGACCCCUUGAUCAUCUGUACAUUCUCCCAUCAGACCCGCUUCAGUCAUGAGGCGAGAUGAGUAUCUCACAUCAGGUGGCGGCCGGCCUGUCUCUGAGGGGAGCAGCAGUUUACAGCAGGACACAAGAGCUUAUGGCUCCUG